UAAGCUAUCGGUGGCGGCAAUUCGUAAGUUAUAGCUGCUCCCAGUAAAUCUAGCUGUCGAUACGACGUGAAUUUAUAUGCGAUUGCGUGUCUUUCGAAAUUUCCGUCCUUUAGAAACUAUUUAACAAGAUGGAUUCAUAUAAUGAACAUGAUGAUCAAAGAGAAUUGGCAAUAAUUAUACACGAACAAGAAAAUCAGCAUGAUGGAAGUAAUACUCAGUGUAAGCCAGAGCUGGUUUCUUCAAUUAAUGCCCAUCAUAAUAUUGCCAAUAAACAAACAGAAGACGAUGAAAUUGUGUUUAAAAAUCUGAAAUUAAUAAAUUCUACAGAUAAUAAGUCUAAUUCCCUCAUUGAUAGCGAAAAUAACACAGCCGAUGUGACACAGUGUGAUAAUGAAUAUGACACUUUGGAUGAAUUAUUCGACAUUGCGAAAUUGUUAUCGGACUCGAUGGAUAACCAACAAAUAAUAUCUGUAGGAAAAAAGCAAUUAAAAUCAGAUGAUGAUAAUUAUGAACAAAAUGCAGAGAAAGCGUUUGUUAAUAAUAAUAAUAAUGGUGGUGGUGGUGGUGAUAUCGGAUAUCAGCCAUCACAAACGGCUGAUAAUAAUCUAAUAUCAAGCCGUAAUGUGGAAAUAAAACAAGUUGUCAUUGGGUAUCCUGAUCGUAUGUCCAUUGUAAUGGAAGAGAAUGAUGAUGAUUAUGUUGAUGGUAAUGAUGAAGAUUAUGCAUCGGAAGCUUCAAUUAAUCAAGAAGAGUGUCAUAAAUACAACGAAAUACUGGUGGAUGAAUUGUCAUCUGACCAACAAGAUAUGUCUAAAGAUUCGUCUCAAGAGCAAAUAACCGAAUUCGUUGAUAGUCUCAAUGAACGUUUACGAAUAGAAUCAAGAUCUUCUUCGACUUCGGAUGUAACAACAAUCGAUGAAAACGAUGUUGCAUGUGAGAUAGAAAUUCAUCCACAACCAUUGGAUCAUUGGGUAGAAGAUUCUUAUGCCACAGUCGUUCGUCAUACACCUGUGGUUACACCUACUACAGUUACUCCUGUAAAUACUGCAAAUCACAAUACAGAAAUGGAUAAUUUGAUUCAAGAGAAUUUAGAAGUUUAUAAUCCUCAUGAAGAAUAUGCAAAAAAACAAUUUGAUUCUAAAUUAGGUAUUGGUUGUAAUUAUUACAAUGAAUUCGCUGAAACAGAAGAGUUUGAAGAUAUGAACAAUGGAACAAAUCAUGAAUUACCUAGUGAAACUCGUCUACGAACCAUACCACUAGAACGAUUUAUUACUGAAGAACAACAUAUAAACGUAGAGAAUUUAAAGCACCAAUCUCAGACGAUGCAAAAUUAUUGCGAUUCUGAAAGUUUAGUUAAAAUGAAUGUUGUACCCGAUGAUAAUUUAGAGGAUCGUACAAGAUGGCGUACUUGUCCAUCUUUGAUACUUCCAACAAGAGAAUCAAUUGAACAACCAAGGUGUCAUGCUUGUGCAGAAGUGGUCUAUCCUUUAGAAGCUUUACAGACUAUUGGUCGAGUUUAUCAUAAGAGCUGUUUCAAGUGUCAUCAAUGUCACCGUGUUCUAAGCUUGGGCAAAUACAGUGUAUGGGAAGGCAAUCCAUAUUGUGAGCCACAUUAUCUUGUAUUGUUCAAGGCGUUUGGACAGUAUAACGGUAAUUUAACAAAAACUCCAACAUUUGAUGCCUCAUCUCAUGUUCGACAGGAAGUUUCGAAGAUAGAACGGUCAACACCAAAUGUAACUCAGACAUUAGUAGCCAAAUUUCAAGAAUUAGAAUCUGGAAACAAUACAACUAGUAUACAAAAUUCUCUACCACAGAAUCAACCACCACGUAGAAUCUAUUUUAACUCCACUCAUACAGGACCAACCAGUGCAAAUGGUGAUGUUUUUCCAUCGUCAGGAAGUGCUCGUCAAUUAGUAGAACGUUGGAAUAAAAUGCCUCUGGAAAAUCACCAGACUGUUGGUCGAGUUGCGUUUGAAGUAAACGGAAAACCUCAUGUUUCAAACCAACGGAAAUUCAUUCCUGUGGAACCCAAACCAUUAACUAGAAAACCUGUCGAACAAAAACCAAAACAAUUAGUCAGUGAAUUAAAACAAAAUUUCAGUCAUAAACCUGAAGAUGAAGCUUACAGUUCCUCGGAGUCUACUGAAAGCGCGAAAAUUGGUCAGUAUCAUAGCACAAAUGGUAAAACAAGUGAAUUUCCAACUCCGGGUAUUACACGAAAUCUAGUUGCUAAAUUUUCUGCCCUUUCUGCUGCAUCCUAACUUAUGACAUAUUCUCAACACUUUUCUUACCAAAAAUAGUAGCGUAAUCAGAUGAAGAUGAUGAUGACUAUUAAAACGAUUCGGUCAUAAUCAAUAGGAACACACUUUUUCUCAACAGUUCUUUCUUUCGACUUUGUUUUCAAAUUACUGAUUACUAAUACUCUUUUAUUACAACUUUUGUCGCUAUUAUCGUCAUCCUUGUUACAGUCUAUUUCUUCAUACUGGUCCACUUUUUCAUAACAACAGAUUGUCGUACCUUAAUCUAUUAUUUCAUUGUGGUUUAUUCAUUACGCUUACAUUACUAAGUAUUUAUUUGAUGUUGUUACUGCUUAGAUUUAUGUUUAUGAAUAAAAUUUACUUAUAAGGAAGAGGAAUUAUUAAGAACCACAUGCUAUGUUUCUGAUAUUCAUUAUAUAUAUAUAUAUAUAUAUAUAUAUAUAUAUAUAUAUAUAUAUAUAUAUAUAUAGAGAGAGAGAGAGAGAGAGAGAGAGAGAGUGAGUACCAUUUUGAUUUGUCAUUGUUAGUGUCAUUUAUAUUUCUUGUCAAUCUAUAAAACUUACUCUUUUUUAACGCUCAGUUUCCUUUUUGAUAUGAUAGUAUUCUUUUUUACAUAGCUUUUAUUUCUGUUAACACAAAUUUGGAAGUAGCCACAGUUGAGUGUAUUUCAGUGGGUUUGUUUUAGUAUUUAUCGUGUCCAUUUCUACUUGUUUUACUUGCCGUACAUAGUGUGUUUUGUUUUCAUACAUGAUUCAUUUGUUUUUUGUUUUAUGACACUACCAACAAUACGAAUUUUCAUCCUGUUUUUCGUUGUCAUUUUCAAUGCUUUCACUUUUCUUCUUGUCUAUCUCUUCGUUAUUUCUUUUGAUAAUGUUUAAAUACCGAAUUGUUCCUGUUUACCAUUCUGUUUUUCGAGUAAAGCUUAAUUUAAUUACAAAUUAAAGGUUUUUACUUGUAUUCCCCAGGUGGAUCAAUCGCAGCCUGUAUAAUUCAGUAAUAAGUUUUAAAUCUCAUGAAAAGUACCAGUUCCUUCAAGGUUACAGGCAAUCUAACGAGUGUCAACUAGCACGAAAAGUGUUUUUAAAACUUCCAACACUUUAUCCAUAUUUGUAGAAUUACUGGCAAAAGCAUCUAUACUUAUUCUGGACUUUUGAGAUGGGUACUCAUAAGAGGAUUAUAUCUAAGACUUACUACAACUUAAUCAUAAGUAGUAUGCAGAAAAAAACUAAUUGGUCUACGAAUUUUUGCAUUUAACUGCAUGGAUUGCCAUUUUGCUGCUUAUUAUUCAAUUCUUGUGUUCGUUUCUUUUAAACAAUUAAAAUGAAGCUGAAUCAUAAACUCUCCAGUGUUAAUCAAAUUCACUUACCAAAAGAUUACUUGUUAUAUUUAUUUAAGUUAAUUUUCUUUAAAUAACUUUGUGUAAUAGGCUGAGUAAAUCAGUCUGUCUUCGAAAUCCUUCUAAAUACAAUCAACUAACA